GAAUUACGUACAAAGAAGAUAAUCUCACCUCUUCAUUUCUGUGUCUCCGGUGUGCGAUCAUUGAGGAUAAUGGCCCCUUCAAUCAAAGUUAAACCCAUCUUCGUUACCCUAUUAUACGCUACUUUCCAUCUCUCCGCCGUCGCAUCAAAAUCGGCGGAUCCGUCUCCGGUCCCCUGGCCUCCUCAAUUCCACUCAAUCCUCUUCAUGAACAACAGCAAAGGAAACCUCCAGAAAGUGGACCUCUGGUACGACUGGAACAACGGCCGCAACUUCAACAUAAUCCAGAACCAGCUCGGCAAGCUCACUUACGAUCUCGAAUGGGACAACGGCACCUCUUACGUCUACACCCUCGACUCCAAUCGAGAGUGCCGGACCGUACAUUUUCCCGUCGGAAUUCUUCGUCCAAAUUGGCUCGACGGGGCCAAUUAUCUCGGGCAACAACACGUCGACGGGUUCCUCUGCAACGUUUGGGGGAAGGUGGACUUCAUUUGGUACUAUGAGGAUGUGGUAACCAAGAGACCUGUUCACUGGGUCUUCUUCACAGGUAUCACCAUUCUCCAGUUCUACCUUCGCAAUCCAACGCUGUUGAAGUCCUCAGCUGCUUCUACACCUGAAAGUCCCGAGGUAAAGAUGGUUUCAUUGAGGGAACUCACAGAGCAACGAGGUAACCAGGGCAGAGAUGGGGAAGAGGAAAGGGUUUUGGCAGUGGAGCCUAUCACGAUGAUAGUGCCGCCGGAGUUGCAGGACGUACCGGAAAUAAUGGUGUCUGAGAGUAGCACCAGUUCCAGCGCCGGAGAUAAUGGCGACGGCCACCACGAUUCACCGUCCAGCAGCUCGUCUUCUGGGAAUCAUGAGCCGGAACCGGAGAACGUGGGCGAUGUCGAACAGGGUGUGCCCGUGGUUGGGGAAUGGGAGAAUAGGGUACUUCCGGGCAGACUGAGCAACAUACGGAAGGCUCCCAAGGAUCUGCCAGCCGGCUUUAAAUUCAAGGCGGCGCUUCAUCAUGAAGUAGCUGACUGCGCGCCCUCAAUAAGUGGGUACAGAAGGCUGGAGGAGAUGAUACAACAGUACCACAUCCCAAGGACUAUAUCGGUGCGAACUGGCGGGCAGAACGAGAGGGCGUGCACCGUAUCGCGAACAGGCUGGAUCCCUGUGUAUGCGGACCACUUUGACGCCGGGCUGCGGUUUCCCCUGCCCGGCCUGGUAUUCGACCUGCUGGCGGAGUACGAGCUGACGCUAACGCAGCUAACGCCCAACAGCAUAAGGUUCAUCAUGGGCUUUAUGCUGUUGUGCGCGAGAUUGGAGGUGCCAGCCAAAGCGAUAGUCUUCAGGUCGCUAUUCCAGUGCCGGUUGUGCCCGAACUCACAAGGAGCGAGAUGGUACUACCUCUCUGGGAGGGAUAAGAGCCAAUUGUUCAAAAAUGUUCGAAACAAAGUGGCGAGAUGGAAGAGGCAGUUCAUUUUUGUUCGUGACACGCGGACAGAGAGGAUAAGCAACGACCUCGCUGCCCGGCUGUCAGAAUGGCGAACUCCGAAUGCCCACAUCAACUACCCCCAGCUGUUGCCCCGGGACGUCGAUCUGAAGAACCAGUUGCUUCAGUAUGCACAAAGGGAGGGUCUUAUAGAUCUGGAAGCCCUGGUUACCUCGGAGCAUCUCGCCAUCGCCGGGUUUGUCGAUGUGACAAACCUGUUCAGCGAAGGCGAAAUGAGCAGCAUACUGGAGCGUCAACGUCAACGUGCCCAGAGUUCCCGAGGCCGCGGGACGGGCAGCUCCGCGCAGAGGCAAUCGCGGUUUGACGAGCGACCACCUGCAGCGCCUCAAUCACGCAGCUCGUCUCAUCGAGGAUCCAGCUCGUCCUCUCUACCGCGGGCUUAUCAGAGGGUAGAGGUGGCGGCUCCAAGUGCACGCAGGCGUGCGCGUGAGGAGACGGAGGGUGAGGAGGAUGAGAUCCCGCUCGCCCGGCGUAUAAGGAGCGGGAGCACCCAGCCCGCACAGGCGGCUCGCCCUGUGACCGUGCGUUCACCAAACGCACCGUCAGCAACUGUGCGGGCAGCGGCUGAGCCCGCCCCUGCAUCAGCUUCAACAUCUGGCCCCAGGAUUGCUUAUCCUGAGGGUUUCAGCUACACACGGGCGGAGUGUCAGCCCGCCAUGGUGCAGGCCAUGCACGAUUUUGUGCCCGCAACAGAUAACCGGCGGGCAAAGUCGUUCGUGCAGCAGCAUGGCGGCCAGGUAGCCAUGAUCAAGUUGAUGGAUAGUGGGAUUCAAGCAGCAAUGGAUGAGGCCGGCCGGGUUGAAGAGCGGGCCAAGAAGGCUGAGGCCGACAGGGAUCAGGCCCAGCACGAGCUGAGCUCCCUCAGGCACCAGGUCGCCGAGGCGGACCGCAACCUUGCUGCUACUGGGGAGGCUCUGAACGAGCUGAAGGCUUCCCAUGCCCGUUCUGUCGCCAUCGCCCGGGCUCAAGGGGCGGAAUGGUUCGUCGGCUCGGCAGCGUUUCAGGACGCCGUGGCGGUGGCGUCUGCUAAUGUCACCACGGAGAUCUACAAUGAGAUCCGUGGGAAAGUACUGCAGCACCGCCCGGACUUUCCCAUACGCGAGCUGGUCUUCUUCGACGAGGAGGAGCUGGACGAACAGGGUAAGAGCCUUGCUCCCCUUGCUGAUGCAGCAGUGAGGCUGAGAUGGGACUUGAACGAGGAGGGCGUGCCCGUCUGGCCACCGUCCAUUCUGGAGGACGGGGAGGAUCCAGCGGGACUACCCUCCUUUGACGCCUGGGUAGAGGGUGCUCCUGUGGCUGAGCAAGAGCCUUCGAGUACCCCACCCAGCUCUCAGCCCGCUGUGUUGUCGGCUGGCUCGCCCGUUGUCGCACCAGCCAUUGAGCCAGCAGCCCGGUCUCCUUCAGCUCGCUCUCCUGCAGCUGCUGCUGAUGCAUCUAUGCCCGUCGAUCUGACGGACGACUAGAUUAGGGGUUUUGUUUCAUUCUUUUGUACUUUUGUUUUAGCAUUUUUGUAUUUGAUCACUGUAUUCAGAUCGCAUGUACUUCUGUAACAUCAUUGAUGAAAUACAAGAAUGAGUUUUAU